UUAUCCUUUUCGAGGACGGCGACCGAGUGAGUGUGGGCUCUAGUGUUUUCACUGGCUGGGGGGUUCUGGGUGGGGCCUGUUGACCCUCCUUUUCUUGGCGGGGAUCGGGCGUGCGGUCCCGGUCCGCGUAAUGUACGGAGGUAGAGGGAAAGGGCUCCGGCCUCCUCGGCGUCAUGUCUUCGGUACCGGCGGCUUCCAUUCCGCGGGUUCUAUCCUCAAGCGCCGGGACAUGGCUCCAAGGAGCAGGGCAGAACCGCGGUUCAGCAGACUCCUCCCCGGGGUGCUCACACCUUCUCCUUUGAUUUCAGGUCUUUGGAGUCGCCCCAGGAGCCGGAGCUGUCGCACAUCCCCUCCUCUUCCACUUCCCGUUGCAAACAAUAAAGGCCGUUCGUAGCGUAGUAAGUUUGUGUCCGCGUUCUUUUUUUCCGAGACUGUAGAGUUAGGGAGCCUGUACGCGUGAUUUCGCACAGCGUAUUUUGCACAUCUUCCUUUGGACCUCAGGCCCCUGCCGGAGUACGGGCGACAUUUUCGCAGAAGUUUCUCUGGCCGACCUUGCCGGCACCUCCGGAUGGCAGCCCUGCGCCAAACCCUCCACCUGGCGAGCCUGGCGGCGGGGGCGCGUCACGCCGUGGCGGGCUCCCUGGCUGGUAGCUGCCUGGCGGUCCGCCGCCUCUGGGAUAAGCUCCCUGCCCAGCCCGGUCAGAGCAGCGCCGGCACCUUCGACUGGUUCUUCGGAUACGACGAAGCCCAGGAGCUCCUAUUGCCGCUGCUGCAGGAGGCACCAGCUGCCUGUCCACCGCGGGUGUUGGACGUGGGCUGUGGGACCUCCAGCUUGUGUACGGGCCUCUACACCAAAUGCCCGCACCCCGUAGACGUGUUGGGGGUGGACUUCUCUCCUGUGGCUGUGGCUCACAUGAACAGCCUCCUGGAAGGUGGCCAAGGCCAAAUACCCCUGUGCCCGGGGCACCCUGCCUCACGCCUCCACUUCACGCAAGCUAAUGCCCUGAACCUGCAGCCAGUGGCUUCCUCAGGCUCUUUCCAUCUAGUGCUAGACAAGGGCACCUGGGACGCUCUUGCUCAGGGUGGUCUGCCUGGGGCUUGCCAGCUGCUGUCAGAGUGCCUGAGGGUCCUAAGCCCUGGGGGGACCCUGAUUCAGUUCUCAGAUGAGGACCCUGAUGUGCGGCUGCCCUGCCUGGAGCAAGGGUCCCAAGACUGGACUGUGUCUGUGCAGGAGCUGGGCCCUUUCGGGGGCAUCACCUACUUUGCUUACUUGGUUCAAGGCUCCAAUUAAAGACUUUUAAAACCUGACCCUAGUGUUUCUGUUGGGUGAGGAGUUGGAGAAAGCUUUUGUCUUGGCAAGAGGACUGGAAAAUGAGGAUUUGGAUCCUGGCUUUCAUAUUUAUUAGAUGUGUGCACUGCACACAGUAUUGAGUAUUUCUGUGCCCCAGUUUACUCAUCUGCAAGGUUGGAAUAGUACCUGGAGUUAUGUGGAUUCCAUACAACAACAGGUGAAACAUUUAGCAGUGCCAGGAUGAGUGCUGAAUAAAGAAGGUACAAGUGGAUCAUUCCCCAUCCCCAGUUAACUGAACUCCUAAAAGCACAGAUAGGAUUUCUUAAUCCAAAUUCCUUGGAUAGGACUUGUGUGACCCACCAGGGGCCUAACCUGUAAGCCUUCAUUUUUCUCAACUUGUAAAAGGGGAAG